UUGGACAAGUGUAAUAAAAGGUCUCACGACUUGUAAUGUAGUAUGUAGAGGACGUACGAAAAGAAAACUUUAUCUACCACUGAAAAAAGACCCCAAUUCAUUCAUAAAUUUUGUCUAUGGUGCUCCAUCGCACUCAUGCACACUAGAUUCUUGCUUAAAUGGCUAUACGUUGUCUACUACCUUAACAACGACGCAUGUCUUGCGCCGAACUGCCAUCUCCUUCUCACUUUUCAGACGAAACUUGUCCAGUUCUUCUUUCAUUUUCGCAUCUGGGUCUGUGGGAGAGGGAGAUGAGUUCUUUAAUUUGUGUUUGGGUACUCGACUACUCGGUAGGACUAUAGGAGAGGAAGAACACAAGUUGUUAUCAUGGCUCCAAUUAGGAAGUGUCCUUCUGGGGCUAAAAUCCAGCUUCAAGCUGGGUCUCUACGGUUACACUUGGUUUCAAGUUUUCACGGCUCAAAAUGCUACUACUGACCCAUCUGAAGUUCGAGCGUUGAACUCAAUAUUCUCACAAUGGGAUACUCAAGCGGUGGCGCUGUGGAAUAUCAGUGGGGAGCCAUGCAGUGGAUCAGCCAUCAAUGGAACUGAAUUUGAGAGCCCUCUUAAUAACCCAGCCAUCAUUUGCGACUGUACUUAUGACAGUGGCACCACCUGCCAUAUUACCCGACUGAGAGUCUAUGCUCUAAACAAACGAGGAGUGUUUGCAAAGGCACUUUUGGCUUUGAGAUACCUGACCUUCUUGAAAAUCGAUCAGAAUUAUUUCACAGGUCCUCUACCAGCAUGGAUUGGCAAUAUGACUGCAUUGACAUUAUUGUCAAUUGCUCACAAUGCAUUCUCUGGGCCCAUUCCCAAGGAGCUUGGAAACCUCAAGGACUUAAAUAUGCUGUCCUUUGGAAUAAAUAACUUCUCCGGAACACUCCCUCCCGAACUUGGUAAUUUGGUCAAGCUUCAACAACUUUACAUAAACAGCUGCGGACUCGGUGGUGAAAUUCCUUCAACAUUUGCUAACCUCCGCAAUAUGCAAGUCCUAUGGGCAUCAGACAAUCCCUUCUCAGGAAGGAUACCUGAUUUCAUUGGGAAUUGGACAAAGAUAAACUCUCUGCGAUUUCAAGGGAACUCUUUUAGAGGUCCAAUACCGACCAGUUUUUCUCAACUAACUGCCUUGAAUUCUCUGCGAAUCAGUGAUAUCUACAAUAUAAGCUCCUCUCUUGAUUUCAUUAAGAAUUUGAAGAACUUGACUGAUUUAGCGCUACGAAAUGCAUUAAUUACUGGUAGCAUCCCUUCUGAUAUUGGAGAAUACCAAAAUUUGCAGAUACUGGAUUUGAGUUUCAACAAUUUAACAGGUCAACUUCCAGGUGGCUUGUUCAACAUGAGUUCUCUAACAUACUUAUUUCUUGGAAACAAUAGCUUGCAGGGAGCUCUUCCUAGCCAAAAGAGUGAUAUUCUUCACACUAUAGAUUUGUCUUACAACUAUUUAUCAGGAAGUCUUCCCCCAUGGGUAACCUCAAUGUCACAGCUGAACUUAGUGGUGAACAACUUCACAUUGGACAGUUCAAACAUAAAUCUUCCUGGAUUAAAAUGCCUUCAAAGAAAUUUUCCAUGCAAUAGAAAUACCCCAAAAUAUGCAAAAUUCUCAAUCAACUGUGGUGGACUAGAACUGAGAGGGAGUGAUGACAUAUUGUAUGAGACUGAAGACUCAGCUCUUGGCCCAGCAACAUUUAUUGUAACAAGUUCAGAGAAAUGGGCUGUUAGCAAUGUGGGUUUGUUUGCUGACAGAAAGAAUCCGAGCUUUGUGGUAAAUACCCUGGCACAAGUCAAUAGGACAGAUGUGACCCCAGAGCUUUUCCAGACCUCAAGGUUGUCUCCAGGAUCACUGAGAUACUAUGGCCUGGGUCUUGAGAAUGGGCCUUAUACUGUAAAAUUGCAAUUUGCAGAAACAGUUUUCGAUGAUCGUGCCUUGCAAACUUGGAAAAGUCUAGGACGGCGUAUGUUUGAUAUCUAUAUUCAGGGGAACCUUGUGUUGAAGGACUUUGACAUAUCAAAGGAGGCAGGAGGGGUUUUAAGAGCUGUUGUGAAAACCUUCAGAGUUAAUGUUUCAGAGAAUUAUCUUGAAAUUCAUUUAUUCUGGGCUGGUAAGGGGACCUGCUGCACACCUGAUCAAGGUCAUUACGGCCCACUAAUAGCUGCUGUGCAUGCUGCUUCUGAUUUUACACCUACUGUUUCUGGUGUUCCACCAACUACUGUAGGAAUGAAGAGCAGGACAGGGCUGAUGGGUAUUCUGGUUCCUGUUGGAGUUUUGGUGUUGCUAGUUAUAAUUUGAUGUAGAACAUGUGGAUGGAUUGUUUAUGGUUAAUGGAACCGCCAUAAUUCGAAUCAGAAAUGAUGAUGGCUGAUUGUAUAAUAAUGUUCAUUAUGCAUUGAAUCAUUUUUGAUGAAGAAAGUGUAUUAAUCGUUUGAGAUAUUGGUUACAUUUAGUCAUUUA